AUGCCACUCGCGACAGCGCAGUACCUAAAGCGAGACGAAGGCGACCGCCCAAGUACGAUUCCCGACAACGUGCAAAAUAUGGCGCUCAUCGUCCAAUUUGUGGGCCUCCCUGACGAUACCGUGUUUUCUAUGGAGUACAACGUCCGCGGCGCACAAACGGCUGCAUAUCACUUGAUGGGCCUGGAUAAGAAGCCGAAAGCACACAAAGGCUACUGGGACAGCUUUUGGACGAUUUUACUCUGA